AUGUAUCUAUCUCACUUUGGUAUCUAUCUAUCUAUCUAUCUAUCUAUCUAUAUAAGUCUCUUAUCUAUUUAUCUAUCUAUCUGUCUGUCUGUCUAUCUAUCGAAGUCUCUUCGUAUAUCUAUCUAUCUAUCUAUCUAUCUAUCUAUCUAUCUAUCUAUCUAUCUCAGCCUGUUCAUCUCUCUCUCUCUCUCUCUCUCUCUCUCUCUAUCUAUCUAUCUAUCUAUCUAUCUGGGUCUCUUCGUAUCUAUCUAUCUCGUUGCUAUCUAUCUAUCUAUCUAUCUAUCUAUCUAUCUCAGUCACUUGCUAUCGAUCUAUUUAUCUCAGUCACUUGUGGCCAGCUAUCUAUCUAUCUAUCUAUCUAUCUAUCUAUCUAUCUAUCUCUCAUCCUAUUCAUAUCUAAUUAUGCCACGUUUCUUUCUUUCUUUCUUGCAUACAUUUUCUUUCUUUCUUUCUUUCUUUCUUUCUUUCUUUCUUUCUUUCUUUCUUUCUCCUCUCUCGAGGCCACGUUUCUUUAUUUCUUUCUUGCAUACAGUUUCUUUCUUUCUUUCUUUCUUUCUUUCUUUCUUUCUUUCUCCUCUCUCGAGGCCACGUUUCUUUCUUUCUUGCAUACAGUUUCUUUCUUUCUUUCUUUUUCUUUCUUUCUCCUCUCUCGAGGCCACGUUUCUUUCUUUCUUGCAUACAGUUUCUUUCUUUCUUUCUUUCUUUCUUUCUUUCUUUCUUUCUUUCUUUCUUUCUUUCUUUCUUUCUUUCUUUCUUUCUCCUCUCUCAGGGCCCGUUUCUUUCUUUCUUGCAUGCAGUUUCUUUCUUUCUUUCUUUCUUUCUUUCUCCUCUCUCGAGGCCACGUUUCUUUCUUUCUUGCAUACAGUUUCUUUUUUUCUUUCUUUCUUUCUUUCUUUCUUUCUUUCUUUCUUUCUCCUCUCACGAGGCCACGUUUCUUUCUUUCUUGCAUACAGUUUUCUUUCUUUCUUUCUUUUUUUUUCUUUCUUUCUUUCUCCUCUCUCAGGCCCACGUUUCUUUCUUUCUUUCUUGCACACAGUUUCUUUUCUUUCUUUCUUUCUUUCUUUCUUUCUCCUCUCUCGAGGCCACGUUUCUUUCUUUCUUGCAUACAGUUUCUUUCUUUCUUUCUUUCUUUCUCCUCUCUCUGAGGCCACGUUUCUUUCUUUCUUUCUUGCACACAGUUUCUUUCUUUCUUUCUUUCUUUCUUUCUUUCUUUCUUUCUUUCUUUCUUUUCUUUCUUUCUCUCUCUCUCAGUACACGUUUCUUUCUUUCUUGCAUUUUGUUUCUUUUCUUUCUUUCUUUUUUCUUUCUUUCUCCUCUCUCAGGCCACGUUUCUUUCUUUCUUGCAUACAGUUUCUUUCUUUCUUUCUUUCUUUCUCCUCUCUCGAGGCCACGUUUCUUUCUUUCUUGCAUACAGUUUCUUUCUUUCUUUCUUUCUCCUCUCUCGAGGCCACGUUUCUUUCUUUCUUUCUUGCAUACAGUUUCUUUCUUUCUUUCUUUCUUUCUUUCUUUCUUUCUUUCUUUUCUUUCUCCCUCUCUCAGAGGCCACGUUUCUUUCUUUCUUGCAUACAGUUUCUUUCUUUCUUUCUUUCUUUCUUUCUCUCUCUCGAGGCCCGUUUCUUUCUUUCUUGCAUACAGUUUCUUUCUUUCUUUCUUUCUUUCUUUCUUUCUUUCUUUCUCCUCUCACGAGGCCACGUUUCUUUCUUUCUUGCAUACAGUUUCUUUCUUUCUUUCUUUCUUUCUUUCUUUCUUUCUCCUCUCUCGAGGCCACGUUUCUUUCUUUCUUUCUUGCACACAGUUUCUUUCUUUCUUUCUUUCUUUCUUUCUUUCUCCUCUCUCGAGGCCACGUUUCUUUCUUUCUUUCUUGCAUACAGUUUCUUUCUUUCUUUCUUUCUUUCUUUCUCCUCUCUCGAGGCCACGUUUCUUUCUUUCUUUCUUGCAUACAGUUUCUUUCUUUCUUUCUUUCUGUCUUUCUUUCUUUCUCCUCAUUCGAGGCCACGUUUCUUUCUUUCUUUCUUGCAUACAGUUUCUUUCUUUCUUUCUUUCUUUCUUUCUUUCUUUCUUUCUUUCUUUCUUUCUCUCUCUCGAGGCCACGUUUCUUUUCUUUCUUUCUUGCAUACAGUUUCUUUCUUUCUUUCUUUCUUUCUUUCUUUCUUUCUCCUCUCUCGAGGCCACGUUUCUUUCUUUCUUUCUUACACACACCGUGCUUAUUUGUUUGUUUCUUCCUUUCUUUCUUGCAUACAGUUUUUUCUUUCUUUCUUUCUUUCUUUCUUUCUUUCUCCUCUCUCGAGGCCACGUUUCUUUCUUUCUUUCUUGCAUACAGUUUCUUUCUUUCUUUUUUUCUUUCUUUCUUUCUUUCUCCUCUCUCGAGGCCACGUUUCUUUCUUUCUUUCUUUCUUGCAUACAGUUUCUUUCUUUCUUUCUUUCUUUCUUUCUUUCUUUCUCCUCUCUCGAGGCCACGUUUCUUUCUUUCUUUCUCGCAUACAGUUUCUUUCUUUCUUUCUUUCUUUCUCCUCUCUCGAGGCCACAUUUCUUUCUUUCUUUCUUACACACACCGUGCUUAUUUGUUUGUUUCUUCCUUUCUUUCUUGCAUACAGUUUCUUUCUUUCUUUCUUUCUUUCUUUCUCCUCUCUCGAGGUCACGAUUCUUUCUUUCUUUCUUGCAUACAGUUUCUUUCUUUCUUUAUUUCUUUCUUUCUUUCUUUCUCCUCUCUCGAGGCCACGUUUCUUUCUUUCUUUCUUUCUUGCAUACAGUUUCUUUCUUUCUUUCUUUCUUUCUUUCUUUUCUUUCUUUCUUUCUUUCUUUCUUUCUCCUCUCUCGAGGCCACGUUUCUUUCUUUCUUUCUUGCAUACAGUUUCUUUCUUUCUUUAUUUCUUUCUUUCUUUCUUUCUCCUCUCUCGAGGCCACGUUUCUUUCUUUCUUUCUUUCUUGCAUACAGUUUCUUUCUUUCUUUCUUUCUUUCUUUCUUUCUUUCUUUCUUUCUUUCUUUCUUUCUUUCUCCUCUCUCGAGGCCACGUUUCUUUCUUUCUUUCUUGCAUACAGUUUCUUUCUUUCUUUCUUUCUUUCUUUCUUUCUUUCUUUCUUUCUUUCUCUCCUCUCUCGAGGCCACGUUUCUUUCUUUCUUUCCUGCAUACAGUUUCUUUCUUUCUUUCUUUCUUUCUUUCUUUCUCCUCUCUCGAGGCCACAUUUCUUUCUUUCUUUCUUACACACACCGUGCUUAUUUGUUUGUUUAUUCCUUUCUUUCUUGCAUACAGUUUUUUCUUUCUUUCUUUUUCCUUCCUUUCUUUCUUUCUUUCGCAUCACUUAAUCUACCUUCCUUUCUUUCGUUUAUUUUUCUUUCUUUCGUUCUUUCUUUCUUUCUUUCUUUCUUUCGUUGCCUUUAUUUCUUUUCGUCCUUUCUUUAUAUUCUGUCCCUUUUUUUUACCUGUCAACAUUAUUUCCUACGUUCUUUCCUUCUUUUCUUUAUUUAUUUGCCAUUCUUUCCUUAUGUUUUUCUUUCUAUCUAUCUAUCUAUCUAUCUAUCUAUCUUUCUUUCUAUCUUUAUUUAUUUACCUUUCUUUCGUGCUUUCUUUUGCAUCUUAA